UUGUCCAUUGCACAUCGAAGAAAGUGAACAUGAAAAUAACUUUCUACUUACAUAGGAAAAAAUAGUUAGAGAAUAAGGUAGAUAGUAGUGCCCCCAGAUCUUCCAAAUCGAGUGAAAUCAUUACCGUUACUUCGUAAGAAUAAAAAUAAUUAUUUGAUUAAAAGUCACAAGAUUCUUUUGACAAGCAUUACUAGGUGCCUGAUUUUUUUAUUAUGUUCUGAAAUCUGGACAAUCAACCUUAGCAGGGAUACGAUACCACAUCAAAGACGACCACGAGCCAAAUGCAAGAAUAUGGAGGCGGGGGAUCGAGCAAGACGGCCGAAUACCGCGAGGGAUAUAGAGAGAGGAGUGCGCCCCACCAGGAGGGCUACCAGGGCUCGCACCAGUACGCCGUGAUUCAGUCCAAGAACUAUGGGUGCUCCAGUAAAGACCUUACCGAUCAAAACAUGGCAACAUACUGCCGGGUCGCAACUGGCAUCUACGAAGCCACUGCAUCCAGUCAACAGUAUCAGAAUUCAAGAUAUAACAAUCAAUCUGCUCCUACCUUCAGUUCGCCGCCCAACUCUCCUCUGGUGGGGCUAGUCUUUGACCCGUCGUCGCCCAACUACGGCGGGCCUGGAAUGUCGGGCGACCGCAGCGUGCACUCGGACAGGCGAUCACAGAGCUCCUGGUCUAUAUCCAACCAGGAACCAAUCGGAACCGGAGCUAAAAAGAAGAUCGUCAAAAGUCAGGAUAAACGCAACGCCUACAGUGCCGAUCCGAGAUAUCACGAGAGGUACAAAGAAACUAGCGUAGAAACGGACCGUCAAAGAAAAUCAGAUCGAAACCUCACUUCAGAAUCCACUUCGAGUCUCGAUUUUUACGUCGAAGGUGAACGUAUGGUCUCAGAACUCUGCAAUAUUCCCGAUACGAGCUCCAGGACUGACUCCAGUAACCAAAAGCAAAAUCAAAAGUCAUCUAAUCAAGAAGAAGAUAAAAGCAAGCCUUCAGGAUCGUCGGAUGUUUUGUUAACUGCGUUGGACAAAAUUGUUAUACACGAUCAAAUUCCAAAUCAAAUUGUUCAGUUGGCGAUCGAAGCUUGCACUGAUGCUGAGAACAUUGCGAUUGCCCACCAUAACAGACCAUGCUUCAAGAACAUACAUUCCAUCUGUGCCAAGACUAGAUCUAAUGUGCAGAAACCAGACAGCGCGGUCGCCAACCUUCAUUCCCAAGGCAUUCCAUGGGUUAUCAAAAACUUUAUAUUCUCAUUUGUGAGAAUUUUAGAUGGAUGGAAAGGAGUAAAGGAGCUACUCAGUGAGAAACAUGAAACAUUUUCUAGAAUCGAAAAUAAAUAUUACAGUCCUAACAUCAGGGAAUGUUUCGUACAAUGGCAAGCCGUAACUAAAGAAAUGCUGACUCAUAUUUAUAAAACAUUUAAGUGCCUCGACCACGGUUUUACAAUGGAGCAGAAGAGCUUUUCUCAUAACUACUAUGCAUCAAAUUCGGCUGCUCCGCGACAUCAAAAUCAAAGUAAAUUUCAGCAGUCUAAGCCACACGCUAGCACUCCGCGGCCAGUCAACGCUUCGCCGCAGCCCUUCAACGCCGUCCAGCCCCCAUGGGCUCAAACCCAAAGUCAGUCCACUUCUCAGAACUACAGUGACGGGCCAUGGCCACCCAGAUCAAGUGUCACGUACAAAAAGUUUCCUGUAGUACCGCCUCCGAACUCUCAUAACUUUUAUCCGCUCAAUGAUCAAAGUGAUUUGGAAGGCUUCCAAAAAGUUCAAUACAAGUGUGACCCUUGCAGUCUUCGUGAAGCUAAGCCUCGUCAGUCUUGGACUAUUACAAACUUGCCCGAUUUUCGGACUCUCGAAGGCAUGUGUCAUUCUGAACAACGAGAGCUUUAUAACCAACUCAAGCACAAAAUGGAUGCGGAACUCGGAAAAGCUCCAGGUCAGCCACUCUUAGGAAACAUGCCUUGUGACUUGUUACAGCGCAGAGAGAUGGAGCUGAAGGCUAAGAUGAUACCCUUGAGUCACGUAGAAAAAACCCUCCUUCCGAGCAUGGCCACAGCAGCCGAAAUGAGAGGAUGCUACAUACAGAAAAACAACAGCUGCGGUGACACGAAGGAAGAGAAUGAUUUUUUUGCGGCGUGGGGUCAGAUGGUCCAAAAAGAACCUAACGAUUAUAUAACUCAUCACACUCACAAUAUUCAGAUUCCAUCGAAUGUUGUGACGAUUUCUAAUAAUAUCUCUGGCCCCGUGCAAUUCAUUGAUCCCGAAAAUGAUGAGUUUCACGAAAUGUCUAAAGUUUACAUGAAACCUGGAAGUUACAAAGUUCCAAUAAAACCUGCAGAUCCAAUAUCUGCAUUUGUACAAGGCGCGUCUCCAGAUGUGGUUUUUGAGAGUCCUGUGGUAGAUGAAAUAGGCCCGAUAAAAAUGAAGGUACCAUUUCCUCAAGUGACAUUGGCUCCUCAACCUAAAUACAACAUUGAGUCCUGGCCAUGUUUGAUGUCUCGCCGGGUGGAUGACGUCUUCGGUGAAGAGCACAAACUGAUGCCAAGACAUGGUAUGCCCUGUUUAGACAUGAGAACUGCCGAUCCUCUGGAGAUACUCACAUCUAUGACAUCUGAUCGUGCUUGGGAAGCGGCCAAGCAAUCUGCCCCAAAAUUAAUGGAUUUCAUCCAUGAAGGUUCCAAUAAAUCAGAUGCCGCUAGGCUAUACGACGCGUUGGGCUUGACAGCAGAUGAUGAAUUUCCUGAUGAUUUGAAGCAAGUAAAACUACGCAUGGACCAAGCGGAUGUUUGGCCCUCUGCACUACCUUCCAAUCAUUAUAUGUCAAAGGAAAUGGCCAAUCUCUGGGGCCCACAAGUGUUGAAUAAAAAUGAUUACACUUUACCCAAAAAUCGCGAUCAAUCCAUUUUUGCAGACGAUAUUGUUAAGUUGCUUGAUUCUGAUACGAAGCAACCGGAGAUUCAAGAAGACCCAAUUGACGUAGGACCCAAUGCCAAAACGGAAGCAUCAAAAGAAACUGCUCGUUGCCCAAGUUUUGAUCAAACAGGAAAUUAUGUGCGAGAUGAAAAUCAAAAGAAAUCUAGUGGGAAAUCUAAGGUAGCAAUAUCAGGAAUGUGGUAUCAUCCUAAAAAGAAAAAGCCGUUACCGGCUGCCACUGUCAAGAAAUUUGAGACGAUCAUUGAUAACUUGUCCCAAAUUAGUGAAUCCGCUUUCAUUCAGCAUGAUAUGGAUAUCAAAAUGGCUCCAAGAUUUUAUGAAGUAGUCAAAUAUCCGAUGUGCCUUCACGAUAUUGCGACUAAGCUGAAGAAUUCAUCCUAUACAGAAUACGAGCAGGUGGUUCAAGAUUUCAGGCGAAUUUUCAACAAUGUUCGUCUGUACCUAAAGAGCUACCCUGAUUCUACAAUGAAGAAGAACGUAAAUAAAGUGUCUGCUGAUUUUGAGAAAAUGCUUAAUGAUGAAUUUCAAAACAAAUGGGACUCCAAAACAAAAUCACAAGAAAAUACCGAUGGUCAAAACAAUACAAACACUAACAAGAAAGAUGAAAAGGAAAAUGAUAACAACAAUCCUGAAAGUCGAAAUGACGAACCAAAUAAGAAAAAUGACGCCAAAAUCAAUGCUGACGAAAAAAAGUAAAGUACAUUAUUUAUUUUUCAUAUUUUUGGCAAAACAAAACUCUCCAUUUUGAAAUAGCGUAGGUACCUAUCCCUCAGUGUAAAUCUUGAUUCAUAGUAACUCGGACUGUUUUAGAGUUCUAUUUUUGUAUUUAAAGUAUUUUAUUUAUAUAUUUAUUUGUUUCGAUGACUAAGUCUCAAUGCGAUGGUCUGUUUGCGUAAAAUCUGUUAACAGAUAUUUAAACGAGUAUUCCGAGUCGAUGAAAAUAGUUAAAAUAAGAAGCAUCUAGUCAAACGCCGGAGUAAUUUUUUAAACAAAUGUCAGUGGUGUUAUCAGAACUUAUAAUUCAUAAGAUUUAUCAAUUUAAUGUGUAAGUGCUUGCCAGUUUUUUGAAUGGACUUUAUUAGCUUCUCAAGGGGGCAAACUUGAUUGUUUCUCUAAUUCAUGUCUUCUUUCCUUAGAUUAUAAUUAUUUGUUUUACAUAUUUCGCUUUCUUCGCUUCGCACUUUUUCUUUCUCCGUGCACUCGUGUAGGCUAAAACAAAUUUAUGUUUUAAUUCAAUAGUCCUUAGUUUUCUUAAACAUAGACGCCAUAGCAAACCUUUACCAAUUGCUAAUUACACCUUCCUAGAUGUUAAUUUUUUAUGCCUCUAUCUGUGAUGUAUCUUUAGGUAAAAGUUGAUAAUUGGAAAUCAUUUAUCACGCUUAAUUACUAGGUUUACGAUUCGAUUGGAACAUGUAUAUAGACGAUUAUAAAAUAAUAGAUAACUUAUAAAUAAAUUGAAACUAACAUUAUAAAUGUCUACGUAUACAAUUGUCACGUCAGUAUGUUUAUCCCGCAGGAAGUUUAACGAAUAUACCUAUGCGUUCCUUUAUUUAAUUAAUAAAAAACGGUUUUAAAUAAUAUAAUUGAUUUGAUUUAAAAUAGCGUUAGACUUCUUGCAACAUUUGACUGCUCUUCUUUAUAAACUGCAAUUUUAUUUUUACCUAACACCUCAUUUUCUGUUCCACGUUGGUAGAUACAUAUAUAAAUAUUUUUUUAAAUAAUUUUUGAGUCCAUUUUACCUGCCAUAGUAAUAAGUGAAUUGCCUACGACGUCAAUUUUUGAUUUUAAUUUGGGAGAGUUUUCUCGUAGCGAGUCUUUGUAUCAAAAUUCAAAAUUUCAAAUUUUAAAUUUGACGGCGUGCGAGUUAAUUUUAAGUAUUCAUUAAGUUGUGAUUUUAUUAUUUAACUUAUUUACCUAAAAUUAUGGC